AUGAAUAAGGAUGAAAAUUUAUCGGACACGCGUUCAGGAUCGCAAGAGCUGCACUGUUAUACGCCGCCGCCGCCGCCGCCGCCGCAACACGAGCAGCAAUCGGUGGCGCCUCCGGCGGCCAAUACGCCAAGUCGCCUCCUAAGCUGGAAUCACAGCGCGGCUGCGGCUGCUGCCGCCGCGGCAGCAGCUGUCGCCUCCAAUCAUCAGGCGGCUGUUGCCGCCGCCGCUGCCGCUGGCGCGGGCGGUCAAUCAUCGGGGGAUCAAUCAGGACUGCCGCGACUCAAGGGCCAGAAUCUGGGCCUCAUCUGUGUGGUGUGCGGCGACACCAGCUCCGGCAAACACUACGGCAUACUGGCCUGCAAUGGCUGUUCCGGCUUCUUCAAGCGCAGCGUUCGGCGCAAGCUCAUCUAUCGCUGCCAAGCGGGCACCGGACGUUGCAUUGUCGACAAGGCCCAUCGGAAUCAAUGCCAGGCCUGCAGGCUCAAGAAGUGCCUUCAAAUGGGAAUGAACAAGGAUGCUGUGCAAAAUGAGCGACAGCCACGCAACACGGCCACUAUACGGCCGGAGACGCUGCGGGAGAUGGAGCACGGGCGAGCGCUGCGCGAAGCGGCCGUAGCCGUCGGUGUUUUCGGACCUCCCGUGCUACUGUCACCGCCCUGCUACGGCUCCGGCCUGCUGCCGCCGCCCUCGCUGGGCAGCUUGCCGACGGGACGUCUGCUGCACCACAAUCAUCUCAGCUCGUCCAUGCAGCUGGCCACGAAUCAUAUGAACCAUGCGAGCGGGUUUCCCAUGUUCAAUGCCGCCGCCGCCGCUGCCGCCGGACUGCAUCAUUCGCCCAAGGAGAAGGCGGGCGGCUAUGGCCUGGCUAGCAGCGGGAAUGUCUCCCAUUCGACCAAUUCGAGCAGCAAUCACAGCAUAGAUCCCAGCUCCCCGGCGCCGGAUGCACCGAAUGACAAGAACAAUGCCGGCGGCAGCGUAUCCUCCAUCAGCUCCGCCAGCCCGACGCCGGAGAAUGAUAAUGAUGAUGAUUCGAUUGACGUGACCAACGACGAGGAGCCGCAUGCGAAUACGGGCAGCAGAUCGGACUCCAGUUUCAUAAUGCCGCAGUUCAUGUCGCCCAAUCUGUAUGCGCAUCAGCACGAAACGGUGUACGAGACGAGCGCCCGGCUGCUCUUCAUGGCCGUCAAGUGGGCCAAGAACUUGCCCAGCUUUGCCCGGCUAUCGUUUCGGGAUCAGGUCAUAUUGCUGGAGGAGUCCUGGUCGGAGCUGUUUCUGCUGAAUGCCAUACAAUGGUGCAUACCCUUGGAUCCCACGGGCUGUGCGCUCUUCUCCGUUGCGGAGCACUGCAACAAUCUGGAGAACAAUGCCAACAACGGCGACAACUGUGUCAGCAAGGAGGAGCUGGCGGCCGAUGUGCGAACGCUGCACGAGAUCUUCUGCAAGUACAAGGCCGUCCUGGUCGAUCCGGCUGAAUUUGCGUGCCUCAAGGCGAUUGUGCUCUUCCGACCCGAAACGCGCGGCCUCAAGGAUCCGGCGCAAAUCGAGAACCUGCAGGAUCAGGCGCAUGUGAUGCUCUCGCAGCACACGAAGACACAGUUCACGGCGCAAAUCGCACGCUUUGGGCGGCUGCUGUUGAUGCUGCCGCUGCUCCGGAUGAUCAACUCGCACAAGAUCGAGUCGAUCUUCUUUCAGCGCACCAUUGGGAACACGCCCAUGGAGAAGGUGCUCUGCGACAUGUAUAAGAAUUAG